CUAUACCUUGGCCUUCCUUUUGGACGCUCGACGGAAAAUGCCGUCCUGAUUUCGCAGCGUGAGCGCCGUGUCAGACUGGACCCUGAGAUGACCAGGCAGGGGACGGGGGCUGCGCUCUCUGCACCGUUGCCUCUCCUCCUCCUCCUCCUGCAGCUGACUCUUCUUCAGGGAAUUCACUGUCAGUUGUUAAAGCGUCAGACCAGACAAGACAGGGUUAAUGCGCUGCGGCAGAAACGAGAUCUCUUCCGCGAGGAGACAUUUAGCGCAGUCCUGUCUGAAUCUGCCCUUCCUCGCGCUGUCCUGCACAACUACACAGCCCGAGAUGCAUCGUCAGAGUACUGUGGUUGUCUUAAUGGGGGCUGGUGUCAGGAGAGUGGUCGCUGUGACUGUGCUCAGUUCCAGGCUAUGGGAGAUCGUUGUCAGAUCAUACCUAACGUGGGUAAAGAUCGCGACGGCAUCUGCCGCUCGUGGGGCCAGCAUCACUAUGAGACGUUUGAUGGGAUGUACUACUACUUCCCCGGCUCCUGCUCCUACAUACUGGCCAAAGACUGCCACUCGCCUGAGCCUCAAUACACCAUCUGGGUCCACAACAGUCGUUCGUGUGAGGGCUCUGUGUACUCCUGCCCCCGAGCCCUCAGCCUGUUCUUCCCUAACGAGGAUGAGAUCCACAUCCGGGGAUACCAGGUCCACAAGGGAGGAGUCAGACUGAGCCUGCCGCAGACGGUGCGUAACGUCUUCAUCGAGCGGCUGGCUGACUACAUCCUGGUGAAGAGCACGUUUGGCUUCUCCCUGGCCUGGGACGGCAGUUCCGGAGUCUACCUCAAAAUGACAGAGGCCCACAAAGGUCGUCCUUGUGGACUGUGCGGGAACUACAAUGACGAGGGAUCGGAUGAUCUGAGCAACAGCAGGGGUCUACAGGUGGACAGCCUGGCUGAGUUUGGGAACAGCUGGGCAGUGGAUCUGCCUCAUGAGUCGCCCUGUGAGGAUGUGGACGAUGACUUCCAUGGACCCUGCCAGUCAGAGUCUGAGAUGGAUGACGCCAUUGAGAAAUGCAGCGCUCUCCUGUUCUUUCCUUUCAUCUCGUGCCAUGAAAACAUCGACCCCAACCCAUUUGUGGCCAGCUGCGUUUCCGACCUAUGUGUGUCGGACGACGAGGAGACGUUUUGCCGGACACUGGUGGAGUACACGAGGGCCUGCUCCCACGUGGGAUAUCCUGUACGAGAGUGGCGGGACAGCUUCCCCACCUGUGCUGAUGGCUGCGAGGAGAGCUUCGUUCACAGGGACUGUAUUAGCUGCUGCCCGCCAACCUGCACCUUUGAGAAGGAGUGUCUGGGCACCAACCUGCACUGUCUGGACGGCUGCUACUGCCCAGACGGCAUGAUCCUCCAGAAUGGCACGUGUAUCGCAGUGUCCCAGUGCCCGUGUGUGUAUCACGGCACUCCUUAUCCUCUAGGCCACGUGCUGGAGCAGGGCUGUAGUGUGUGUGUGUGUAUGGGAGGAGUGUGGAACUGCACAGAACACAACUGCACAGGUGAGUGUUCUGUGAUGGGGGACACCCACGUCACCACGUUUGACGGCCGCAUGUUUGUCCACACGGGUACCUGCCAAUACGUCCUGGUCAAGAGCAAAGGGAAUACCAAGUUCUCCCUUACACUACAACACACCGCCUGUGGAGAGGAGCAGUCGUGUGUGCACUCGGUGACCCUGGUGGUGGAUGAGGACAUGAGUAGGCAGGUGACCCUGACCAGGGAGGGGGAGGUGCUGGUGGGGGCCGGGGUGGUGGCCAACCUGCCCUAUGUGGACGAGGUGGUGGAGGUGCGUCGUCUGACCACAGUCUUCACCCAGCUGCGUGCGUCGCUGGGCCUCAGGAUGCAGUACGAGACACGGGCCGGCCGCCUCUACCUGCAGCUGGACCACACCUGGAGGGGCAACACCCUCGGCCUCUGUGGAACCUUCAACGGGAACCUGCGAGACGACUUCCUUUCUCCUGCAGGCAUGAUUGAGGGCACGCCCCAGCUGCAUGUGAACGCGUGGAGGGUCUCAUCAGCCUGCAGCAGCCCUGUCAACGUCCCCAUCAUAGACCCCUGUGAGAUGAACCAGCAGAAUGGUUUCUAUGCCAGUAUGUGUGACGUGCUGACCGACUCCUUGUUCUCGGCGUGCCACGCCUACGUCAGCCCAACUGUCUACCAGCAGCAGUGCCGCUACCAGGCCUGUCGCUGUGGCAACCCCUGCCUCUGCUCCGCCCUGGCACACUACGCCUACGUCUGCGGGCAGCACAACGUCACCAUCAACUUCAGGGCACACGUGUCCGAGUGCAGUGUGCUAUGUCUGGGAGGGAUGAUGUACCAGCAGUGCACGUCAUCAUGUGGCCACACGUGUGAGUCUCUGAGCCGGGCGGAGGUGUGUAACGGGGACUGUGCUGAGGGCUGCAGUUGCGGCGAGGGGAGCUACUAUGACAGCGUCAGGCAACGCUGCGUACAACAGUCUCAGUGCCAUUGUUACUUCAUGGGGUCCAUCUACCAGCCAGGAGAGGUGUCCUUUAGUGCCUCAGGACCUUGCCUGUGCAGGAAUGGCCACAUGGAGUGUGUCCCUGAGGAGAGAGAGCCGGAGCAUGGGGACUGUCCCAAUGGGAAGGUGUACCACAGCUGCAGGGAGGGGGCUGCAGGUGCAGGUGCAGGCACAGGUGGCUCUCGACUGGGCGUGGCCUGUGAACUCACCUGCCGAAACCUGAUGCUCAACAUCACCUGUCCACCCACAACACCCUGCGUGCCCGGCUGUGGCUGCCCCGCAGGCUUGGUAGGCCAUAAUGGCGAGUGCUACUACCCAGAGAACUGCCCCUGCGCCUGGCUGGGCCUGGAGUACCUGCCUGGGGAGACGGUGGACACACCCUGCUACCGAUGCGUAUGUCACCACGGCUUCUUCAACUGCACCUACUCCCCCUGCCCUGCCGUCUGCACCAUCUACAGCGACCGGCACUACCACACCUUCGACGGCCUCGAGUACGACUACGCCAGCGACUGCCAGGUCUACCUGCUCAAGAGUGUGAGGGGCACGGAGGUGGCCAUCAUGGCCCAGAAUAAGGACUGCUAUGAGAGCGGCAUCGUCUGCAUGAAGUACCUGCAGAUCUUCAUGGGCCUCACCAAGAUCUACUUCAGCGACAACUCAGGCAAACCGAGCUCGUCCACAGUGGUGGGUCGGGGGUUCGAGUUUGAGCUGUGGCGGGCGGGCUACUAUACGGUGGUCCACUUCCCCAACCAAGACCUGACGGUGCUCUGGGACCGCAAGACCACCAUACACAUCAGGGCCGGCCCACACUGGAAGGGUCAGCUGAGUGGUCUGUGUGGUAACUUUGACAUGGAGACAGUGAAUGACAUGACCACCGCUGGCCACAUGGAGGUCAGCAACCCUCAGGCUUUUGGGGACAGCUGGGCCCUGGGACAGUGUGAGAGUGAUUUCCUGGUGAAGAGGCCAUGUGAGGGGGACCUGAGCAGGCAGCCGUAUGCCAAGCGGGAGUGUGGCCUUCUCUACAGUGACGUCUUCGCCCCCUGCCACAACGUGGUGGAUGUGACGUGGUUCUACAGGAACUGCCUGACGGACACGUGCAAUUGCAACCGCGGGGGAGACUGUGAGUGCCUGUGCACCAGCAUCGCUGCAUACGCCCACAAGUGCUGCCAGCAUGGCAUUGCCAUUCACUGGAGAUCACCCACUGUGUGCCCAUAUGACUGUGAAUACUACAACCAAGAGCUUGGGGAGGGACCCUACACGCUCUGGAGCGGUGCGGCCAAUGACUCUGACUGUGUGUUUGGGGCCAACGUGACCAGCGGGGAGGUGUUCCCCCUCCUCCGCACCAGCCUACACACACACCCUCAGCACACCGCCGUCUUCAACUUCAUGAUCACCAAUGGACUGCACAAGGAUCGAGCCUCACGUCUCCCAAUUGUCUCCUUGGAGUCGGCCGAGCGGCCCAACUACUUCCUGAGCGUGACGGAGGGCGGACGAGCGCUGCGAUUGGAGCACUGGACUCCGGGGGCGGAGUUUGCGCUGCAGGCGUCGUUCCUGCACCACCAGGGCCUGUGGCUGCCCAGGAGGUCGUCCUUUGAGCUGCUGGCCCAGAAGGGAACCUUCCUCACCCUCACGCACACCGCAGCACGCCCGCAGAGUUACGACAACACCAUGGCCUUCAAGAGCAGUAGCAGCUUCUCAAUGGAGGAGAGCAGCCUGGUGAUUCCGUACCGGUUGAUGUGUGAGUGGAAGUACCAGCCCUGCUCCAGCCCGUGUGUCAAGACAUGUGGGGACCCUGACGCCACACGCUGCCUCUUCCUGCCCCCUGUGGAGGGCUGCUUUCCACGCUGUCCCAAGAACAUGGUGCUGGAUGAGGCCACCAGGCGCUGUGUCUACAUGGAGGACUGUACCUCUUUGCCCUCUACUCCUACACCCUACAUGUUUGUGACAAGGUCUAACCGCACCACUGCUGCCCCCACCACCUCAACCACCACAACCACCACCCGCCCUCCAUCCACCACCAGGAGGCCGACCACCACCACUCCCCCAGAAACAGGCACUACGCCCAGGGCAGAGCCCGUGACCUCAGCCCGCACCUCCACUUCUACUCCACCAACCACCAGUCCACCGCCAGACACACCCACCACCACUCCAAUCGCCACCACCCAAAUCACCACCACCCACACCACCACACUACCACCUACCACCAGCCUCGGCACCUCUGCUGAAACCACAACCACACCACUGCCCACGACAAUUGCACCUUUCACUACCACGGAGACACCAACUACACCUGCCAUCACCACAGUGCAGACCACCACACAGGAGCCUACCACUACUACUGUUCCCACGACAACCACGGAGAGCACCACGGAAGCGGUGGAGACCACCACCACUGAGGCCACUGUUCCAACCACUGUGCCCUCGCCUACCCAGCCAACCACGGAGCCAGUGACCACUCCCACCUCCACGCCUCCUCCAAUCACCACCAUGCCUGUUACCACGGAAACGACAGUUUCUCCGUUUCUACUUCCCAUGGGACCUUGUACACCACCGUUCUCCGUGCGUGUGGACGAGUGUAGUGAGUACAUCUGCUUCAAUGGGCAGCUGAUGCUCCAUAACGCCUCCCAGCACUGCAGGAACAACGUCAGCCAGCCCUACUGCAACCUGCUGGGCACGCCCAUCAAGAUCAACACAGACCCCUGCUGCCCGCAGUGGAGGUGCCCAUGUCGCUGCUCUAUAAUCUCUGAUCUCCGUGUCAUCACGUUUGAUGGCAAUAAUGUGGCCAUGUACGAUAAUGGGUCCUACAUCCUGGUCCAUCUGCCCCGAGAGAAGAUAGUGGGUCACAUUGAGAAAUGUCCGACCAGCGUGAGUGUGAACUACAUCAGGCGACCGUCUCCCACGGGCGGUACGUCCGGCCUGUGUUUUAAGAAGCUCAACAUCACCACUCACUCCUACAGGAUCAUGAUCAACCGACUGGAUAGAAAGGUGUCGGUGAACCAGAGGACAGCCAGGCUGCCCUUCAGCAGACACAGUCUGCACAUCGACGACACGGGCACCAUGUACGUCAUCCAGACACCAGGGGGCGUCAGCAUUCAGUGGUACCACAGCACCGGCAUCAUGGUGCUGCAGUACACCGCCCCACUCAACACCACCACGGCCACACGAGGCCUCUGUGGCUGCUGUGACGGUAACCCGGCUGACGACCUGCGUCUGCCUAACGGCACGGUGGUGCGCGAGGUGGAGGACAUCCCCACCUUCCUGCAGAGCUGGAUGGUGGCCACCUCGGACGAGACCGACUACUUCCGCCGCGUAGGAGACAACUGCACCACCGGCAACUGCUCCAAGUGCUUCACCAUGCUCCAGCAGAGGCCCUUCCCACAGUGUCACCAUAAGGUUUCUCCAGACCAGUUCUGUGAUAAGAUCUUCGCUGGUGAUCUGCACUAUAAGGACCAUGAGUGUGACUUCCUUGCCGCGUACGUAGCCAUCUGCUACACACACCAGAUCUGCAUCAACUGGAGGAAGAACAACUUUUGCCCCCUGAAGUGCCCGGCGGGUAAGGAGUACCAGCCGUGCGUGAACACGUGUCAGACGCGCACCUGUCUGAACCGCGACUACUACGAGGAGAGCACCUGCUCCUCCAUCCGCGAGGAGUGCGUCUGCAAGAGCGCCACCAUCCUGCACCGGGCCGACUCCGCUUUCUGUGUCACCGAGGAGCGCUGCGCGUGUACGGAUAACGAUGGCGCUCCGCGUGCGGUGGGCGAGGAGUGGAACGGCUCCCUGCGCGGCUGCUGCAUGUUCCGCUGCCUGGAGAACGGCAGCGUGGUGUCUGUGGAGCCGGAGUGCGAGGAGAGCCCAGCGCCCCUCUGUGAGAGGCUGGGGGAGGCCGUGGUGGACGUGCUGGAGGAGGGAGCAUGCUGCCCCAAGAAGAUCUGUGAGUGCAAUAUGACUCAGUGUGUGGGUCAUGUGCCCAGAUGUGAUCACGGCUACAAGCUGCAGGCCGGCUACAGUGACCUCUCCUGCUGCCCAGACUAUCGCUGUGAGUGCGACCCUGAAUUAUGUCCCAGUGUUCCGACCCCUGAGUGUCGAGAGGAUCAGUUCCUGGUGGAGGUGCGACAGGAGCGCAGCUGCUGCUACAGCUUCCUCUGCGUCUGUGAGUCCUGCAUUGACUCGGUCCCAACCUGUAUGACCGGAGAGAUUCUAGCUGUGGACAUGAACACAACAAACCACUGCUGCCCUCAAUACCAAUGUGUGUGUGACAUAAGCGUGUGUCCUGAGCCCACCAUAACCUGUGCACUGGGGACGUCUCUGGUCAGGAAGCCUAUCAGGGGACACUGCUGCCCUGAAUACCACUGUGAAUGCCAGUGUAUGAAUGCCUCACAGCCAUUCUGUCCUGUGGGGGAGGUUCAGGUGGAGGUGACAGACCGCGAGGACAGCAGCGCCUGUGACUGUCCCCAAUACACCUGCAAGAAGGCUGAGGUGUGUUUGUUUCAGGAGAGGACAGUGUUAAGUCCUGGCCAGUCCAUGAUCCAGUACUUCGAGGGGGACCUGUGCUACACCGUCCACUGUCUGCACCAGAGAGAUGCUCAGACCGGCUACUUCGCCAUGGAGAUCUCCACCGUCAACUGCUCAGAGAAGUGUGAGCCGCACCAGAUGUACGUAGCCUCAUCUGACCCCCAUGUGUGCUGCGGCUCCUGCAAGAAUGUCUCGUGUUCCUUCACUGCCGAGAACGGCUCCUCCGAACUAUUCAUGGCUGGUAGCUCGUGGGUGUCUAACUGCACACGCUAUGACUGCAUGGAAACAGCAGUAGGCGCUGUGGUGUUGGCCUCAGGAGUCGUCUGUCCUCCGUUUAACGACUCAGAGUGUAUUCAGAAUGGUGGUGUAGUCCAAACGUAUGUGGAUGGCUGCUGCAAGACAUGUGCUGGAUUGGGUUUGUUACCGUUUACGGUUAGGCCCGUAACUCCCACCGCUAGCACUAACUGUGACACAGGUAAAGAAGAUGGCAAGACAUGUAAGAGAGUUGCCAUCCGAACAACAAUCCGAAAGGAUGAUUGCCGCAGCAACACUCCUGUGACGGUGUACUCCUGUGACGGCAAGUGUCCGUCCGCCACCAUCUUUAACUUCAACAUAAACAGCCACGCGCGCUUCUGCAAGUGCUGCCGAGAGAACGGGCUCCAAAGUCGGGUGGUGCAGCUCUACUGCACGCGCAACGCCACCACUGUGGACUACAACUACCAGGAGCCCAUAGACUGUUCCUGCCAGUGGAACUAGCAGCCGCUAGCUGGACACACUUCCUGCUGCAGAGAUGCUACACAUCUGCUGCCCAAAGCACAACAAAUACACAACAUGCACACAGCUGUGUGCACGAACACAC